AUGCCUAGUAAUGAUAUAUCUACAACAACACAGACCCCAACGAUUUCGAACACUAAUACACAUGACAUUUUUCAACCAGAGAAGAGAAAAAAUACAAAAAGACAGGGUGAACCAAAUACGAAUCCAAAAUCAAAUAGAAACGAAGAAUCUGAUCAAAAAGCAUUAGUCCACAGUAACAAAAUAUCUGCUAAGAAUUUUGAUGAUGAAAAAGAGAAUUGUUUAUAUGCUGUUACUAAUCACAUUAUAAACGAUAAAAUUCCAUUUUAUCCACCGAAAAAGGCAUGGAUGGUACACAGAAUUAUUGGAUUGCAAUUGUCAGACGAUACAAACAAAUUGAUGUGUUUUUCAUGGCCAUAUUUUGGAACUGAACGUAAAAUCACCAUAUCAAGUGAACCGAGCAUUAUUCACCCUAUUGUUGCAGAUGGUAAUUGUCUGUUCAAGUGGACGAGUUACGUGUUAACAGGAUCUGAAGAUUAUCAUCUUCCAAUUCGCAAAGCAGCAAUUAAUCAAAUCAAAAAUAAUGAUUAUACAGCUUAUAAUUCAACUACUCUUGGUCUACAAUAUGCCUCACAAACAAAAAUGAACUUAUCUGGUACAUUAUCUACCGAAAAAGAAAUAUUUGCGUUGUGUGAUAUAUUGAAAUGUCAUAUUUAUGUAUUUCAAGACGAUACAAAAAAGUGGAUAAAGUUUAGCCCAAUCCAUGCACAACAUUUCGGUUUAACAUCGAUUUAUUUAGUUAGAAAAAAAGAAUUCAUUUUGAUGUAG